UUGAGAUGACGUCACAGGUCAGCUGACUAUCACUCGACUCCUGACAAUUGCGAAGUAAACACGCAACUGAAAGCUCUGCUCAAAGUUUCAAUUUUCACCGAAAUUUGAGAAUUUUGGCUCCUGAAUUUGGCGUCAACAUGCCAAUUUUGUACAGCGUCGUCGCCAGAGGCAUCACCGUGCUGGCCAAGUAUGCGUCGUGUCCUGGAAACUUCUCCGAAGUCACAGAGCAGAUCAUCUCCAAAAUCCCUCCCGAAGACUCCAAGCUGACCUACUCACAUGGAAGUUUCCUGUUCCACUAUAUUUGCGAGGACAGGAUCAUUUACAUGUGCAUCACCGAUGAUGAAUUUGAAAGAUCGAGGGCCUUUCUGUACCUUGGUGAAAUCAAAAGAAGAUUCCAAGCUGCUUACGGCUCAAGAGCCCAAACCUCUCUUGCCUACGCCAUGAACACAGAAUUUUCACCAAUCUUGGCCAAUGAAAUGAAACACUAUUCAGAGUCUCGUGAUGUUGAUACAAUUUCAAGAGUUCACGGGGAGUUGGAUGAACUGAAAGAUAUAAUGGUCAGGAACAUUGACAACAUGGCUAUGAGAGGAGAACGACUGGAACUUCUUGUGAACAAGACAGACAACCUGAGUGCCAAUUCUGUUACAUUCCGUAAGACGAGUCGCAACUUGUCCAGGGCAUUGUUCUGGAAGAAUGUGAAACUGUACCUGAUUUCUGCUGCUAUUAUUGUGUUUAUUAUCUACAUCAUCAUUUCUCUGGCCUGUGGAGGCUUCGGUUGGGGUGAAUGUGUUGCUUCUUCAAGUCCGACUCCCACGACGACGGUCGCCCCAACCACGACCACUGCAAAACCUCCUGCGCCGUGAAAGCUGCAAGCAGCACCAAAAUUAUGAUCUAAGUGAGUACCCGUGAAAUUUACAAGGAAAAUGGAAAGUGCUUAUUUGCGUCGGCCGGCGUUUUCUUUCAAUAUAUUUUAGUCUUUUUGCAUAUUUAACGGAACUAUUCUUUAAGAUAAUUUUACUUAAACUGAGCUGUAUAAAAUUAGUUAAUGGAGAUUAUUGCUUUUUGUCCUGGAUUGCAUUCAGAGAACAAUAAUUCAUUCGACUGUGUUAGAGCAAACCAAGAAAUGUUGAAAACGAGGCUACAUGCUAAAUAAUUUUUAUGUGGAUAAUAGUUUAAUUAUGUCUUUAUUUUGUAUCAUUCAAGUAUUAUUAAAAGACCGCAAGCUUAAUUAAUAUUUCAAUACGCAGAACUUGCCU